AUGGGUCUCCUAAGUGGCCUCGCCGGAUCGCCCUUUGAUCCGCUAGUCGACAAAGCAACCUCGGAGGAGAACACCGCCGAGGACUGGGCGCUGAUAAUGGACAUCGUCGACCGCGUCACCGUCGACUCGACCGGCGCCAAGGAGUGCCUGCGCUCCAUCCUCCGCCGCCUCAACUCGCCCAUUCCCGUCGUGCUGAUGCAGUGUCUCACGCUCACCGACGCCCUCGUCAGCAACUGCGGCAAAAAGUUCCACCUGGAGGUGUGCUCGCGCGACUUCGAAACGGCCCUGCGCAACAUCAUCGCCUCGAAGGCGCAGCCGAAGGUCUCCGAACGCGCCCGCCUGCUGGUGAAGAAGUGGGCGAAGGAGUUCCGCCACGACCCGCAGCUCGCUCUGAUGCCCGCCCUCUACGAGCGCCUGAAGAAGGAGGGCGUCAGCUUCGCCAGCUCGGAGCCGAAGCGCCGCGGCCCGGGGGCGAUUGAUCCGGCGGUGCUGAAGAACCCCGACGCCGUCAGCUCGGCGCAGGAGGAGGCGGACAUUCUCAAGGCGAUUGAGCU